CAUCACGGUAGCAAAAUGGCGUCUGGCAGCGGGUCCAAGAAUGAUUUUCGUCGUAAAUGGGACAAAGGUGAAUAUGAAAAAGAUGGCAAGCCUGUGCCCCCCGUCAAGCGGGAGCUUCUCCGCCACAGAGAUUAUAAAGUGGAUCUGGAGUCAAAACUGGGGAAGACCCUCGUCAUCACAAAGACCACACCACAGGCUGAGAUGGGAGGGUACUACUGCAAUGUCUGUGAUUGUGUAGUAAAAGAUUCCAUAAAUUUCUUGGAUCAUAUCAAUGGUAAAAAACAUCAGAGAAACCUGGGAAUGUCCAUGCGAGUAGAGCGCUCUUCAUUGGACCAAGUUAAAAAACGUUUUGAAGUUAACAAGAAAAAGCUGGAGGAAAAGCAGAAGGAGUACGAUUUUGAGGAACGAAUGAAGGAGUUGAGAGAGGAGGAGGAGAAAGCGAAAGCCUACAGGAAAGAAAAGCAAAAGGAAAAGAAAAGAAAGGCAGAAGAUGAUCUCAACUUUGAAGAUGAUGAUGAAAUGGCUGCUGUGAUGGGAUUCUCAGGUUUUGGAUCCUCCAAAAAAGGCCACUGAUCACUCAUUUUAAAAGUUUGCUCACCGGGGUCUUCUGUGAAUAGGUAUCCCUGAACUGAAUGAAAAUUUUCAAGAACUUCAUUAUUGCUUUACAGGACCACACAGCUUUUUUUUUUUUUUUUUAUCACAAAUUCUGUUAAAUACCUCUGAUUCAACA